AUGUGGAUUAUUGCAGUGACUGUUUUGGCUAUUGCUGAUUUACACUGUUUCCAUUUGUUUUACAUACGAUUCCAUAUUAUUAAUUCACUUUUACCUAUUGUUGCAGGUGCCAUUAACGGAGCAGAUUGGUCGUAUGAUUAUGAAACCCAAUGGCCGGGUGUUUGUACGACGGGGACGCAGCAGUCCCCAAUCAACAUCAUGUCCCGAGAGGCGGUCUACGACAAACAUGGGGCUCAUAUCAAAGGCCCCCUGGUCUUCCGAGGUUACAAAAAUGUGAAUGCCUCUGGAGAAAAUGAUGGACAUACCUUAAAAUGGACCAUAGAGGAAGACGAAAUAAUGCCCGUAAUAUCAGGAGGACCGCUGCGGGGAAACUACAGCUUUUUGCAGUUCCAUCUGCACUGGUUGUCGGAACACGCUAUUGACGGAAUGAAAUACCCUAUGGAAAUUCACUUCCUCCACGUUAAGACGGGUCUCUCAGUCGAAGAAGCUCUAGAACGUCCGGACGGACUUGCUGUUGUCGCGGUUAUUGCCAUGGUACACAGCGGCGAAGAGAGUGAGUACGCAUUAGAAGAAUUAUCCUCGAUGCUGCCGCAACUGAUCAACCAACACGAAAAACUACCGCCUUCAGUUAUUGACUUAACCCGGCUAUUCAGUCCAAAUAUGCAGUCGUACUACACGUACCACGGCUCGCUGACCACCCCGCAGUGUCAGGAGGUCGUCACUUGGAUCGUGCUGGACACGCCGCUCAUUAUUUCUGAUACGCAGUACAAACUGUUCAGCAAAGUCGAUGUCGGUGGGAUCGACAACUACCGAAGUCUGCAACCCGUUAACCGUGUUAUCUACCGAAACAGCGCCUCCCUGACCUUCCCAAGUUCCCUCGCCUUAAUAGCAGCCCUUCUCAACCUCACAACGACCAUGUCCAGCAUCGUGAGUAAGGGUGUCUGUACGUUUGUCAAUUUGAAGAAAAGGUUCUGGGGUAAAAAAGUACAUGACUGUAGCAAAACUAAAUGAAGAGAAUGGUUUUUGAAUAUGGUAAAUAUCAAUUUGUAGGAAAUACGAAAUAUUUAUUUUUUUGAACAAAUCUUUUGUAUUAGACAAUGGGAACAAUUGGUGGAUUUAAAUUGUACAGAGUAUUAUUAUUUAAUGAUUUAUAAUAUUUAGAAUUCAUCGGUAGUUUACAUUUCGUAAUAGUAAAUGUAGCAUUUAGAUUUAAUUUUAGCUAAGAUGUUAAAAUGUUUCGUAUCCUGCCACAAUGAGGGUUAAAGAAUCUAAAAUAUACAAAGCCGUUCACGGGUUUGAAAAACCAUUGCAGACUAAUGUAUUUUGGGGUGUGAUUUAUAGAUUCGGUAGUGUAUGUGUGAGAACAUGAUCUUAGUAGCAAUAUUUACACUUUACUCACACACUAGGAUAUAAUCCUAUCGUGAUUAGGUCUUUAAAAAAAAGAACUUUAAGGAGAUGUCAAUGUACAGUACCCGACCAUAAAUAAUAAACGUCGACCCUUGAAAACCUGGACCUCUGGGAUUUGGGAUCUUGGAGUAUAAAGCGCUAUGAAGUCAAAAUAUAGCCGAGUGUCUCUUUCAAAUGGUUGAUGUGCAUUAUUUAUGGCCGGAUGUACUUUAGUCUUAUGUAACUGCAAUUAUUUCUCCUUGCAUAAAAUUUCGACGUACACAUCAGAACAUGCGACUUUAGUACCAUCGACGGUAGAUGUUUAUUUUUAAAUUAGUAAAUGAUUAAUGAUGACAAUUAACAUAAUACAUGAUUUUUAAUCGUAAUAAACAAAUGAUAUAUUUAUAGAACUGGUAACAAUGAGUUUUCAAUUCAAGCAAUAGGUGUAUAAGACUUAAAAGGAAAUAAUUAUAAAAGUAAUUAAGUAAUUAAUAAUUUAAAAAUUAGAUGAUAAUAUUAAUAAGCAAAUAUAUCGUUUACCUAAUUAGCAAGAUUUGUAUCGAUAAUAAUAUUUAAAAAAAAGUAAUUUUGUCUGGUAGCUAUCAGAAAUCAAAGCAUUUCAUAGUUUUUAUCGAUACACAUGACUCCUUUAUUAUUACUAAUUAUGACAUUAAGCUUUCCUAAGAAAUAAUAAGUUUUGUAUAUUCAUUAUGCAUUUUGAAUUCGAAUAGAAUAGACAUCACCAUUUUUGGUGUCAGGCGGUCAAAAGAUUUGUAAUUAGUUGACUAAGUAGGUACAUUUUGAAAUACAGGGAAAUAAACAAAUUUACAGCAAAAACAAAAAAAAGAAAGUUAAUAAAAUAUUUAUUGAUUA